GGCUCACGGCGCUGCGCGAGGCCAGUCCGAGAACGCGAUCCUAACACUAACAUCCGGUGUAUUCCGAGAGAAAGAGGGAGAGAGAGAGAGAGAGAGAGAGAGAAGAGACGAGAGUCGGAAACGGAAACGACUGACUGCUUGAUCGCCGCACUGCCAAUACAGUAAUCGGCACGCUAACAUGAAGAUCAUCCUGUUGCUCGUCGUCGUCGCGGCUUUCGCCUCAGCCCAGAGGAUCACAACGAUCCAGCUGGAUGGCAUACAGUACUUCGUGUCACGAAUGAAUCCCUACAGUCCGGAACUGAAUUACUUCCUGGCGUAUCAAUAUUGCCGCUCGCUGGGCCUCCAGUUGGCAUCUUUUGAGACGAAAGAAAAGGCCGACACGAUGACGCAAUACCUGAAGAACGCCGGUUACACGAAAUACGACUUCUGGACCUCCGGCAACAAGCUAGGCACCGAUAUGUUUUUGUGGAUGAGCACGGGACUGCCGUUUAAUGUCACCUUCGACUACAUGCUGAAGCGACCUGGUAACAGACCUGCUGACGUACCACCCGGUACCGAACCCCAAAGGGUGGCGCGCGAAAGCGGCGACAGCGGCAGCGCGGACGGAUGCGUCGCGAUGGUAGCACCUACGUUAGCCUGGGAGGCGCAGGAUUGCACUAUCGUGAAGGACUUUAUCUGCGAGCAAACAAGAUGCUACUACUACAACUACGGCAGCAUUCCAGUCUCCGCGACUCAGGGAAAUCACAGGCCCUAUAUCACGACCACCUCGGCGCCAGCCAGCGACGACCAAGCGAAUGAUUACGGAACCGAUAGCACCAACAUCGACGACCACCAUCCGAGUAUCGAGGCUCAAAACGAGCAGGAGGCGACACCACCGGAAGCGGAUACGUCCACGGACGAGAAACUCUCGGAAGACCCGGUCGUCAGCAGGCUAAUCACCACGACCGCUCCCGCGUCUGGCAAUCAGUAUCAACAGCAGCAGCAACAGCAGCAGCAGUAUCAACACACGGGAACGACGGCAUCGGCGACGUCGCUGUUCGACGACGGUAAUGAGCGCGAGCGCACGGCCGUCGGCGACCUGAGCGACAUAAGACCGGAGCACAUCCCGGACAUCGCGAGCCUGUUCACCGGGCACGUCGCCGUGGCGUCUCAAGCGCGCAAGGACAGCGUUUUCGACGGUCUCGAGACUCGCGAGGUCCUGCGGCCGUCGGCCUCCCGUCCCGUCGUCUCCCCCGCCUCCUCCUCCUUCUCGUCGGAGAUGAAGAUGGAGCAUCGCGAGUCCCCCGACUACGGUGACCUGACCGCGGAGACUGAAUUACCGAACAACGGUCUCGAGGACGCCCACACGAUUGGGCCGUACGACAGCGUGCAGGAUUACGUAAACGAUCAGCCGGCGGACACGGCGUCGUCGUCGGCGGACUCGGCGAUGAUGAAGGACCAGGACGACGACAGCAGCACGAUCCUGCCAGAAGCGGAACCGGCCUAUAGGUACAACAUCAAAGUGCGCACCAACGGCAAAGUAUUAGACCCUCCGUCCAAGUAACGCUUUACUUCCUCCUAGAUAACGUCGCGUUAUUUCGUUUUAUAAGUGACAGAAACACACAAAUCGACAUUCUUGAGGAAUUAGGUAUAUAUAUGUAUGUAUAUGUAUAUCAGAGUGCAUUUUUUUUUGCACUUGUGACACGAGCGAGCUGUCGCUGUUGCGCGGAUUCAGACAGAUCGCUAUCGUUGUCGCCGCUCGCCGUUUAGCUCUAACUUAAAGCGUACCCGAUACAAUGCUCGAUAGUUUUCAAUCAGAGAGGCACUAUUAUCAGCUUUCUCGGUCGGCGGCAGGCAGAGAUUAUUUUGAACCGUCAGGAUCUCGAUGCUUAAAACGAACGAGAAUGAGUAACGCUGUGGCUCAGAAAUGCUAUUAUCAACGAUGUCGAAAAGAGAAAAGUUCUGGUGUCAAUCGAAAAGACGAAUUAUUCUCCUGCCGACGUUACUCGACAAGCUUUACAUUUUCACAAGGGCAUUUACUCGAUUAAUCAGCUCUCACUUUCUAUCACCGAUGACGCCGGCGAAUUAUCAUUGUCAUCGUAUCAUUUAUCCCUCAUUUCUAUUUCAUUAAAUUCUCAUGUUCAGCAUUAAACAAUAAAACUUAGAACAAUAGAAAAAAGAAUAAAACGAAAUUAAAGGUCCAAUGAUUCAUUAUUGAAUAAUAAUAAAUAUUGCUAGCUUCCGUCAGCGUCUUAUAUCUUCAUAAGAUAGUAAUUAUCAUCAUCAUAGUUAACAUAUCUAUACGUCUGCAAGACGAAACGUUUGACAGCCAAACGAUUCCCGAAAUAUUUUGGAAUGCGUGAUGGAUGUUAAAGAGACCACACCGAGAGAGUCGGUCGCAAAUGUUUCGGUCAUCCAGACGUAUGACGAUCGGCGUACGUAGUUUUAUCAAUGAGAAACGUUACUCUCUAGCUGUUACGGUAAGUCACUUCCAUAUUAAUUCUGUGUACAACGGCGCGAAUGUGCGACUUGUGUACUGAACUUUAAUAAAGGUAUUACAACUAUA